AUGAAAGAGGAUAUGGUUAUAGAGCGAAGUUCGCAAGACUCUCUUCCAGUUACUCAAAGAUCCUCACUGUUAGACAGGAAGUAUAGUGGUCGUUUCAUGUUCUAGUAAUCGCAAGAGGAAGAACAACAAACACAAAUUCAAAGCAACAGAAAUCGAAUCAAACAAUAACUAAAAUGUAUUCUGAUCUUCAUUCUAGGCCAAUUGAAUGCAAUAAUCAAUAAACAAGUUCAACCCUUUUAUAUGCGCGAGGAGUAGUUGAUUGAAUUGGGUCGUAAAUUGGACUUGCAAAUAACCUCCAUUGAUGUUGACAAUAUUAUACUCAACACCAAGGAGUUUUUUGAAGAUUAUGAAAUCCAUGAAAGGUUGGGAGAAGGAUGUUUGGGGUUAGUCAAACGAGUAGUCCAAAAAAAUACAGGCCUAGAAUUUGCUGUUAAAAUUGUAGCUACUUAAGAUGAUGAAAUUAUUCGUAAUGUAAAAGACAAUACUUAUUCAUUUUCAGAUGAUUAUUGAAUUUAAAAGACUAGUUGAAUUAUCCCAUGACAAUAUUGUCAAAGCCUACAAGAUGUACUUAGAUUUCGACACUGGAUUUUAAUCCGAGAGCCAAGCAUUUGUCAUUAUGGAGUUGAUUAAAGGCAAAGAGAUGUUCGAAGUCAUCAACGAUUCAGGACAUUAUAGUGAAGAUGACGCAAAGGAACUCUUUAAACAACUGCUUAGUGCGAUCGAAUAUAUGCACAGACAUGGCAUUUGUCACAGAGAUCUUAAGCCAAAUAAUAUUUUAUGUCUAUAAGGUAAUUUUGUCAGAAUGAACUUCUAAUAGAUAGAAAGCAAAUUAAAGUUACUGAUUUCAAUGUUAGUAAAUUUAGUGACUCAUAUAAACUGUUUGGAGACCUACGAGACACUCAAAAAAUAGAAAUGUGGACAUACACAGGCACUGUAGCUUUUUCAGCCCCUGAAAUAUUCACAGGAGGAGGUUAUAAGUAAUAAGUACUUUAAUGAUAUAUUGAAAGUUAAAUGGUUGAUAUGUGGAGUGCUGGCUGUAUCCUUUAUUCGAUGCUUUCUGGUUAAUUGCCAUUUAAUGCUGAUUAGUAUGCAAAUUUAUCCUUAUCCUAGUUUGUAUGAUCUUGUGGAAAAUAUUAAACUAGCCAAAUAUGAUUUCCCAGAAGAAAUCUUUUCAGAAGUCUCAGCUGAUGCCAAGCAUUUAAUUUAGCAAUUAUUGAGGAAGGAUCCAUAAGAGAGACCGCAUCCUGAUAAUGCUUUAGGGCAUUCUUGGUUUAAAGGCAAUGUAGUUAGGAAAACUUUGAGACACCUGACUAUAAAUAAAAAUAUUUGUCAUCUCUCAAACAAAAAUUCAAAUAAGUAACGAUAGAGGACAUUUCUAUUGAAGAAGGACUGUUACACAGGGUCAAGUGAUGGAGAAGAUGAGAAUUCUUAUCAUGAUGUUAAAAUUAAAACAUCCAUAAGAAAGAGUUUGUUUUACUACAUUAAACCUAUUCGAGAAUAGCAGUUAGACAUGUACUAAGUCAAAAGAAUUGGUGGAUUCAUCGGCAAGUCCAAUACGAUUUAAAUAGAAGAUUUUAAAUAUAAUGAUUAAUAGUGA